AUGACGUUUUACAGCAACGCAAAGGAAACUUGGUAUCCCACUGCCAAAGGUAUUAAUAAUAAUAAUACUACUACUAAUAAUAUUCAUCAUAUGUCAGCGUUCAGCCUCGUCGACCAACAUGAAAGACCACAAAUGAUACAAACUUCUAGCCAGAUACAGAGCAGAGCUAGGAAACCCUCUGAACAACUCAACAGCAAACUACAGACCAGAAAAAGCAAAAAAAGCCUCACCUGGUCAUUCACAGAAGAGCCCUCGCCGCUGUCAUCAACUGUAACAGGGGCCACUAGCCCUAGGCUCAUGGCGACGAUUGUCCCAAAGACUGCAAUGGGCCCAUGCAGUGCUUAUCGAAAUGGGGCGAAAGCGGAGCUGCUCAUCCGCUUGAGCUCCAGCCCGCCGACCCUUCCGUCAAGCCCUCGCAACUCCUUGAAGGGGGAUCAUUGUAGUAGCUCUAGAGAGCCUCUAGCCUCUGGACCUUACUUUGAUCCGAGUGCCCUUGGGGAUUUCGCGCCCUAUAGAGCUCGAGUCCCGGCCUUCAAGGAGGUCCCCCCUCCAGCAGGAUCAGGAUCAGGACCAGGAUCAGGAUCAGGUGUUAUCAAGGCCUGA